CGAGACAUCUGUGCCGCCAUUGGAGCGUCUAUUUUUAGUUGCAGCGAUUAGCAGCCAAUGGCAGGCCAGACCCGACCACACCAGACCACUUGACGCUGCCCGAGCAGACUGUCUGUCUGCAGCCACGGAGGAGUCGAUUCUGGUAGUCAAGUAGUUGCGGUCGCUGCCGCCGUUGAAUGUCUUAAAUGUUUGUCACUCUCCCGCGAUCCUUUCAGUCGAUCGUUAGCCGCGAACGUGUCAGCAAGGAUGAGCCAAAUAACGCUGAAGGAACGCCGUCUCCUGCGCACACCCAAAUGCGCGCGCUGCCGCAACCAUGGCGUCAUCUCGUGCGUCAAGGGCCACAAGAAGCUGUGCCGCUGGCGUGAGUGCUGCUGCCCCAACUGUCAGCUGGUCGUUGAUCGCCAGCGGGUGAUGGCCGCUCAGGUGGCACUGCGACGUCAGCAGACAAUGGAGGCGCUGGAGGCAUCCGCCCAGACAUCGCACACAGCCACAGCCACAGCCGCAGCAUCCAGCAGUGAGGGCGAGGAGUCCUUAACGUCAACGUCGCCACCACCAGCUCCAGCUACAGCAGUCGCCUCAGUUUCCUCAUCCUCAUCCUCAUCAGCCACGCGCCAAGCACUGAUUGCACAGAAAAGGAUCUACAAGCAGCGACUGCGCAACCUGCAACAGUCCACGUUGCACAUCACAGCAGCCAUGGAAGAGUACAAGCAGAGAUUUCCCACGUUCAGCUCGCCGCUGAUGGAGCGAAUGCGCAAGCGACGAGCGUUCGCUGAUCCGGAACUCAACUACGCCAUGGAGGCGACGCUGGGCGGUAACGCCCUCUAUGCCGCUGCUGCUGCUGCUGCCGCUGCGGCUGCUGGCAUGCAUCACUCGGGGCCGCCAUUCAUAGUCGCAACCCCAAUCACAGCCAUCACGACACCCACGCCGCCCGCACACGCCACAGCGAAGAAGCCCAAGUUGAGUUUUUCCAUUGAGUCCAUAAUGGGCAUUAGCACGUAGCCAGGAAUCGGCAAACCUCUGUACAUAUAGAAUAGUU